CGCUUUCUCAUUUUUUGACUAAAAAAUAUCCUUGAGAUCUUAAAAUAUAAAUAAUUUUGUUUAUUCCUUUCCUUUCCGAAUUGUUUUUUUUUUUUGUACCUAUUUUAUGAAAAUGAUCACUUUAAGAAAAAAUAUUGAUUUCGUUGUAAAAACAUGUUACAAAAAUUUUGCUAGAAAUGUACUGACCGGAACCAAAUCUGGGAGAGAAGUAUUAUUUGAGAAACAGAAGUCGGAAACUGAAAAAUGUAAGGCCGAAUUGUGGAGGAAACACGAAAAGAUAUUAUAUUUUGGAACUUUAAAAGUUAGGCUUCCAUCAGAAAUCGAUCCUCUAUCCAGGAAAGUUGAUAUUGAAAGGAAGAGAGAAACUUGGAGGAUGAACUACAAAAUGUUUUAUUAUAAACCCUUAGAACAGGAAACUCCAAACAAUGCUGACAAUAUUCUACCGUUCCAGUUCUUUCGAGGAAAUAUCGAUAAAAGUCAUUCAUAUAACAUAUAGACUUUUAACGAAGCCACAACUUCCACAUUAUUAAAUUUUAUAUUAAAUUUUUUGUAUAACAUUUGUGUCGAUAAAUAUAUAAAAUAUAAUAAAAAAAAUUGUAAAUUAAAU